AUGGAAGAAGAAACUCUUAAACAAUAUCUAAACGAGUACUAUAGAGGCUUUACAGGUUUCGAGUUGGAACAUAUAGAAGAUUUUUCAAAAAGUUUAAAAGAAUAUAAAAAAUUUAACUUAGAAGAAUACAAAAUUUUACAUUUGGAUAAAGAUAUGUUAUAUCCGCCAGGCGACAUAAAAAUAGGAGUCAGAGAUGCAAGAAUAACAAAAGAAAGGAACAUAUACAAAGAUAUUUUAAUGGACACCGCAGUCUUCACAAUGAAAAUGGGUGGCGAAAACGUUAAAAGAAUCUUGGAAACAAUUCUCCUAGAAAACUCUCAAGCAAGCACGACAACGCAGGACGGAGCAAUAGCAGAUAUAGAAAAAGGAGCGACAACGAACACAGAAAAAGGAGCAAUAACGAAUAAAGAUAUAGAUGAAACAAAUUUUUUAAGACACUAUUUAUUACUUUUUUAUAAGGACUUUAAAGGAUUUGAAGAACAUCAUUUAGACGAUUUUUCAGAUGCUAUGAGAAAGAAUAGUAGAGUCAAUUUAGCAGAAUACGAAUUAGAAUACAUGGAAAGAGAUAUAAUAUUCCCACCAGGAAUAAUGGGAGAAGGCAUUAUAAAUGGAAAAAGACAAACGGGUAACAAUAUUAUUAAAGACACUUUAAUGGAUUUCGCUACUUUUACAAUGAAAAUGGCUGGCGAUACCACCAAAAAAAUUCUGCAAAUAGUAUUCGAAACCCUUCAGAAACGAUCCGCAGAAAAAAAUGCCGCAGUAGAAGAAUUACAAAAAACCAAGAACGAAUUAGAUUCUAUGAGGGCCAAAUACAACGAAUACAAAGAAAAGAUAGACAAUUUAGAAAAGGAAAAAAAGAUGGCAGAAGAACGAAUAAAAAAACUAGAAAAUGACGUGCUAAAAUUGAGCAAUUCAGAGAAGAAAACAGUAACGAGCGAGAUUGCCACAUCCACUUAUUGGAAGGAUAAUGAAAUCUAUGACUCGCUAAAACAAAUAGGAUAUAUAGAAAGAUUAGAAUGUAAAUGGAAUUACAAAUAUAGGACUGUUCGAGCUAGAAUUCGCUUCACAACAGAAAUGGAGGAAAUCUUCAUCAAAGGUGGACCUAAUAUAGCGAUCAAGAAAAAAGAGCAGACUUAUUUUUUUAGGAUGUUUAACGCGAAAAUGAGUACUACUGAAAUUAAGAAAAAAUAUGAAUGGCAAGCAUACAAAAAAUUCAAAGAUUUACCAGGGAGACCAGAACAUGAGGGAUUAAAAGCAGAAAACUUAAAAUACGGAUUUAAUGAAAGCAAUUUACAAUUCGACGAUGGAAGAAGAAAACAUGGAAAACGGUUUGACGGAUUUGUUGACGCAACUACUGACUUAAUCUCAACGGUUCCAAGAACUUCGGAAGAACACGACGAGUUAGAUAAUUUAAAUAAUAAAUUUAAAGAAAGAUUAGACGAAUUAAAGAUGACAACAGACACGACACAAAGAAAGGGGAAAAAGAAAGUAACAGAGUUAUCGGACGAUGAUGAUGAAGAAAUGAAAAAUGAAAACAAAAAGCGAGUAGUGCGAAAGCAGGGAGAAAGGGAAAAUUCUGAUACAGAAUGA